AACAAAGACAAAGAGAAAUACAAAUUGUCGUACAUUAUAGAAAAAACCUUAAUAGACUUUUUGAUGAAGCAAUUGCGAUGAAUAAUUACACUACUAAGAAUCUUGAUCUUUUUGGAAGAGUAUAUAUGGUUGAAAAAACAAGCUUGAUGAAUUCAAAACAAAAUUACAAGAGAUGGAAAGCUCUUAUGAGCUUCACUGAUAUUUCGGUGGAUCCUCAGACAUCCAUGAUCUAUGCAUCUGAUGCAUGGUGGAAAAAGCAUGAAUUGGUAAUCUUUGGAGCUAUGGAUGGGACAAAUAUUUGUAUAAAACUGAAGCCUGAGUUACAAGAAAUGUACUGCAAUCGACAUGAUCAUGCAUCUUUAAACAUCAUGCACCGGGAUCAUGCCAUGAUACUGUUAUUUUGGGCGAUAGCACAACAAAAUGACCCUAACUUCCCUUUGCCUCCAUUAGAGAAAUAUUAUCUCUUUGAUUCUGGUUAUCCAUACAUAUCAUCACGAAAUGGAGUUGUGAGAUAUCAUAUAUCUCAUUUCAACUCUGGACCUAGUCUUAGGAAUAAACAGGAGUUGUUCAAUCGAUAUCAUGUGUCACUGCGUUCAGUAAUCGUGAGGAGUUAUGGAGUUUGGAAGAAAAAAUGGAGGAUUCUUUCGGAUUUUCUAAGAUAUGAUAUACACGUUCAAAAGAAAGUGGUAAUGGCUACAAUGAGAUUACAUAACUUUUUCAAAAUUUCAAAUUUUGAAGAUGCAGAUUAUGCAUAUGUAAUGACAGAGACAGGAAUAAACAAUAGAGAUUCGAAACCUAAUGCAUGUGACACAAACACAGCUGGAGUAGCAGAUAGAGAACAUAUGGUGCAAAUAAGAGACAACAUUGCGGAUAUGUUGUGGAAAAAUCAAACCACUCGA